AUGAUGAAUGGUCUAGCAGUUUUUUCCAUGCUCUUUCUUUUAGCUAAGCCUUUUUCAGCAGGUAGUGCAAAUAUCGAAAUCGAUUAUUGUAUUGCAGACCUUAGUCUCCCUAGGGGACCUCAAGGGUAUGCUUGCAAAGAUCCUGCUAAAGUCACAACUGAUGACUUUGUUUUCACUGGAUUUCGUGGUGAAAAAUCCAUCACUAACAUAUUUGGAAACAAUGUAACUCGAGCAAAUCACACUACAUUCCCAGCCUUAAACGGUUUAGGCCUUUCUAUGGCAAGGUUAGAUUUGGCUGUAGGAGGAGUUGUUCCUGCACACUCUCAUCGAACAUCAGAAAUGAUUGUUCUUAUAAACGGGACAAUUAUUGCAGGGAUUAUUGACACAAACAACACGGCAUACUAUAAAGUAUUACUGCCGGGUGAUUCUAUGAUUUUUCCACAGACCUUGCUUCACUUCCAGAUCAAUGUUGGUAAAACUCGAGCUCUUGCUUUUGUUGGGUUGAAUGGAGCAAACCCAGGAUUUCAAAUUGCUUCCACCGCGCUGUUUGCCGGCAAUUUACCACCCGAAAUAGCUUCGGCAAUCACACUCAUAAGUCCUAAGGAAGUGAGACGCUUAAACCAAAUAUUUAGCGGAAAUAUCGCAGCUUCGUAA